AAUUUUGAACAAUUCGGUAGAUGCUUUGCUGCCUCAUCACCACUGCUAAGAAGCUUUAGAAGAUAGAUACACAUCAUAAGAUGUAAUUUUCCAUUGUUUAAAUAUUACAGCUUUUGCCAGACGGACCCCCCCAGUGGACCAUAUCUGUUUGGUGUGAAUCGGCCAGCCCAGCUGUUUCCCGCCAAUUAUUACUCAUUCUGCUAGCGUAUCGCAGGGUUCUACUGUCUUACAACCGUAAAUAUUCUCGUAUUUUGAGGAUAUUUCUGAGUGAUUCUUGUUUCUUGUGGCAAAGAUGGCACUUUAUUCACGGAGUAACGAUAGGAGAAGGAUUAUGGAAGAAAUUCGACUGCGAGAGAUGGAUAUUGCAGCCGCAAUCGGAAAGCAAAGAGAAUGUUCCCCAAAGGGACACUUAGAAAAUGAGAAGAGAGUCCGCCGAGAAAUAGCAAACAGCAAUGAACGUCGCCGAAUGCAGAGCAUCAAUGCCGGUUUUCAGUCCCUGAAAACUCUCAUUCCCCAUCACAAUGGUGAAAAACUCAGCAAGGCUGCAAUCCUUCAACAAACUUCAGAGCAUAUCAGCAGUCUGGAGACGGAGAAGACCAAGCUCCUGGCCCAGAAUGCUCAUUUGAAGAAAAUCCUCCUUGAAGUUUCCAAUGAAAGGGAUGAGUACUUCAAUGAAUCUCCACCUCCAAAAAGAAAGAAAAGAGAUACAGAAUCGUCUGAUGAAGGAAUAAGUUUAGGGAGUUCCAUAGACAGCAGCAGCGAAGAAUCAAAUGAGGAACUACAAAGGGAGAUAAUUGAACUGCGUCGACAGUUGGACCGAGAACGGUGGUUACGUAUGAUGUAUGAAGAGCGACUUCGAUCAGUUGAGAGCCAGAUCUACCCUGACCGCAUCCGUCACAUUGCAGCCCAUGUGCAAGCCUCAAUUCACAUACAGAACGAAAAGGCUUUGCAAGCCAAUGUGACAGAAGUGUCUGAGGAUAAUGAGAAAGUAGACAUCAAAGAGGAGGAUCCCAAAGCUGCCUUGGAAUCAUCAAUGUCACGGAAAAACUUGGAGACAAUUGUGGAAGCUAUUCGCCAUUUGGAAGGUGACAGGAUUCUUUUUGAUGAGCGGAAAGCAGACGAGAAACAGCCAAUUCCAAACAGUGAAGAAAGUGAUGAAAAGGAAAGUUGUAUGAGUGACCAAGAGGAUACUAAAUCAGACAUUUCAGGUCGGGAUUCCCCACUGAGAUAUACACAGCAUCAGUUACCGAGUGCGGUUCGGUCAAAUUUCAGUGAUAAGUACCCCAUCGCGACAGACUUGCUGCAUCGGCCUCUUCAGGCUCAAUACUACAGACCAGGCGUGAUUGUACACAAGUCAUGAGACUAGCUUGGGCUGUUUAAGACUCUGUACAUACCCAGCAUUGCAUCAUCAUCAUCAUCAUCAUCGACUUCAUUUUCCUGUACAUUAUUCGCUUCAUUAUGACAAAAGUGCUAUUUCAUUGUUCACUAAUAGUCAUUUUGUCCCCAUUUAUCAUAAGCAUUGGAUCACAUGUCACGCAUUUCAUUGCUUCAUUGCGCAUUCUUUGCGACCAUUUUGUCAGGCAUUUUCAUUGAAUCACAGAGUUAAUAUAUUUAUAUUUAUGGAAGCUUCAUUUUUGAUACAUUGUUUGUUUUGUAUUGUUACUGUAUUGCAAAACAUUAGGUCAUUGUCAAAUCUUGCGUUUCUCUUGCAUCUUUGGUCGCCAUGACGACAUUUCAAACAUAGAUUCUGUUGAACAUUCCAACUGUGAGACAGCUUUGAACCAAAAAUAUGACAUCAAGCCUGGUGUAACUGUUACAGUAUUGUCAUAAGUAAUCAUUCAAUUUUCAUACAAGUAAAAGAAAACACAGUGUGCUAACUUAUAUGUAUGCAUAACGUCAUCAAUCUGGAGACUGAAAAUUCAACCCUGGCAUUUAAAAAUUUGUCAACACACGUUAAAGGUAAAGACAGUAUCAAAAUGUUGACAAAUAGUGUUCAACAAGUUCUCAUUUGAACUUGUUCCCUUCUGUGUAUAAAUGUAUAUAGGAAGUUUCAAUUACAGUGUUCCUGGGAAUUGUCUUGAAUUGAUGUUAUUGUAGUUUCACCUACUGCUUCAUCUGCUCUAUGGUAUUUCUAUACAUACAUUAUGUAAUGAAUCUGGGUGGACAUGUUUUUUCUAACAAAUAAAAUCUAGUUUCACCGAUGUUCAAACUGUUAAAUAACAUCUUGUUAACAUAAAUUGAGAAACAUUUCUGACUUUUAAACUUUUCUUUCAUUUUCAAUCCAAAAUGCACAUUCUGAUAUUUUAACUAAUGUAUUGUGAUGCUAUUUUCUGGUUUGGCUAAGUUUGUGUAUGGGUUAAACAGGUCAAUUCCCAGGUAACAGCAUGUAUAUAGUUAAGUCUGUUGUUAAGUAUUGUCCCAUGUGCUGUGUGUUGAUCUAGCAGUAGCACUGGAUAUCUUCUUGUUACAUAUUUUAACGUAAUUACAAUGCACACAACAAUGCAAUGGUGGUAAUUGUUGCCUGGGUAACCGCAUUGACCAAUGACGGUUUUCCUGGUGGCACUAUUGACCAAUCAGAUUCAAUGUUUGAUUUUGUUUUCUGACCGUUUCAUGUAUUCUGCAACCCUUUGUCUGGACACAGCACUAAGCUUGGAUUGUAGCACGGUUGGCUGUUGAAGGGUUAAUUCUCACCCAAUGGAUACCAAAAGCAUUAACAAAUAAUAUCGCCUCUUACCUGAUUAUGUCAUCAAUUAAAAGGAAUUUCAUUAGUUCUGCAACAAAACUUAAGAUUAAAUGAGGCGUUUAUUUCUAAGGCUACAUGUAUUCUUUCUUUUCAUGUCUCAAAAUAUUUUUCCUUUAUUGAAUAUGCCAUUAUUAAAAUUUUGGUAUAAUGUUUGACAAAAUUUCUAUGGGAGGGGAUUUGUGAAGGUCUUCUCACCUUUUUUAUGAAUUCAGUAUCAUAUUCAGUGGGUGACGUAUUGACAGUGCCAAUAUUAUACAAAUCUAAGAAUUGUAAAGUAUCUCUUAGCUUGUAGAUUGUCUGAAGAUGCAGGAAUCUCGUGGCUUGUUAUCUAUGCAACAAAUACUGUGUACUUUCUCAAUGUUGUUGUUGUCUUUGGCCAGCACAGGUUAGGAUCUGUUGAAUUUCACAAUGUUCCACAAUGUCAAACUGUUGUUACGAUGUUUAAGAUCAUCCAAUAUUGAGUCGUUUCAAUAAUUCAUUCGUUCACACUUUAUUGCCAGAUAUGAAAUAUUUGGCUUUUUUACAUGAAGACAUUUCGAGGUUUAUUUUAUUUGUUUGUAUUCAGUUCUUCUUCUGUAAGAAAUUCACAGUUAAAUUUUGUUAAGGGUUGAUUAUUAGUUAUGAUACUUGUUAAGUUGAUUGAAUUUAAUUACGUUUUUUAAGUUUAGACUGUUAAAAGCAAAUUUUGAUGGAAAUACAAGUUAUUUUUUUUAUGAAACUUGGUAGGCAUGUUGUGUAUGACAUUAGGCAGAGCGGUGCCUAGCUUGCAGCUGUGAUGUUUUUCUGACCGCGUGAUUCUUGCAUCUUUAGAUAUGGUAGUCCUAGCCUCCUCCCCUGUGGAGGUGUAGCGCGUCCGUCUGGCCAGCCUCACCGGUCCGAUGCACAGGCGGGCAAUGUAGCAUGUGGAUGUAUCGUCUGCUUCAUGAUAAAGUGGUCAAUAUUAAAAUGUGUGAAAGAAAA